AUGGUGCAACUGUUUCCAUCCAGUGUUGCUCUUGUCCUGCUGCUGCAGUAUGCGAAUGCCCAGGCGAUUGUUAAUGGCCAGAUUUACACGCCUGGCAUUGCGCUGGUAGAUGCGCCGCAGCCAAAUACGCCGCUGGGCGGUGACCAUUUGCAAGUAGCACUCGAUGUCACCUCAAAUGGGCAGCUCCAACUUCCGCCCUACCCCAAGGACCCGGUCUCCGCAAUUCACAACAUCACUAUUUUCCUCUCCAGUUACGCGACCGGCAAGAAUUUCACCAUUUCGAAUGGCACUGCUGGUGCAGGAAAUGCGAGCCUCGGGGAGAUAAUGCAGCAAGAACCAGGCAGCACAGUAAAGCAUGUCAACUGGGUGUGGCCGGAUUGCUUGGCCGGAGACGGUGAUCCCAAAGAUCCCAACAGCGCGAGAGGGGCCUAUAAUAUAUCGAUACGCCAGAAUUUUCGAAUGAACGGCACCAGUAUGUACACCAUUUUCGACCUCCCCAUCCGCGUCACAAACAGUAUCCCCGUCGCGCCAAACCGGCCUCCGUGUGACAUGUUGAACAACCCGAUGCUCGAUCAAGCCACAUUGAACGCGUCGGCGAGUUGGUUCACUCGGAUAGCUGGCACGGCGAUUGAAACCAAGGGAACUGGAACAGGUAUCGGCGGUCAAAAGCCACAAGCCCAGCCGAAGGAUGGGCUCGGCGGGGCGGGUUCCUUGGAUUGGUGUUCAGGGCUUCAUAGUCUGUGGAUGGUGGUAUUUGUUUUUAUGUUUCCGUUCUAA